AUGUCGCUGAAUGUCACCGGAGCCUUCAGCAACAUCAAUGCUGUACAGCGGCUUAAUGCAGAAGAACUACGCCUUGGCAUCAGCGGCGAAGCCUCUUGGCAUCAUCAAUAUCGUGAUUCUUGUUAUAUUUACAUCAGCGGUCUGGAUCCGCGCCUAACAGAAGGAGAUGUUGCCAUCGUCUUCUCCCAAUGGGGAGAGCCAAUUGAUAUCGUACUCGUCAGAGAUCAGAAAACAGGUGUACCUCGUGGCUUUGGUUUCUUAGGUUAUGAGGACCAACGAUCAACAAUAUUAGCAGUAGAUAAUGCCAAUGGUAUGAAGUUACUAAAGAGGACAUUAAGAGUUGACCAUUGUAAGGAUUUUAGACCCCCUAAUAUGGGCAAAGAAGGAGAAGAGAGUGUUUAUCAGCCAACAGGAGCAGAAGGAGGAGGAAUAGGGAAAUAUUUAAUAACUAAGAGGGAAACAACAUUACAUAAGGCGCGCAUGCAGCAGCAGAAGCUGCAGCAGCAGCAGCAGAAGCAAGCCAUGGCUCGUGCUGCAGCAGGAGCGAAGACUGUUGAUGAUAUGUGGGCAGAAGAAUUCGAAUUAAUGCUCGCUAAUUUAAAUGAACAAGCAGAGGAGGAAAUAAAGGCAUUAGAGAGGGCAGAUAAAAAAUUAAAAAAGAAAAUAAAAAAAGAAAAAAAAAAAUUAAAAAAAGAAAAUAAAAAAGAAAAAAAUAAACAUAAACAUAAAAGGAGCAGCAGCAACAGCAGCAAUAGCAGCAGCAACAGCAGCAAGAGCAGCAAUAGCAGCAAAGACAGCAACAGCAACCAUAAAAACAGCAGCAAACAUUUCUCACAUAGCCGAUCAGAGACACCAGAUAUGCAGCAGCAAAGGCAGCAGCAGCAGCAGCAGCAGCAGCCGAUGAAGGACGAGAAAGAGGAGCAGCAACAGAGGUUGCACGAACUGCAGCAGCAGCAACAGCAGCAUGAAAGAAGGAAGAGGGACCGCAGCAGCAGCCGUGGAAGAGACGAUAGCAGCAAACCAGACAGAUAUUUAAAUGGCAGCAGCAGCAGUAGCAGCAGCAGCAGCAGCAGCAAAACAGGGCGCUACGCUGAAGACAGCAGCAGAAGGGAUAGACAUGAAGAUGGCAGCAGCAGCAGCAGCAGCAGCAGCAGACAUAAACAUGAAGAUGGCAGCACCAGCAGAUACGGGCACGAAGAUAGCAGCAGCAGCAGGUACAGACACGAAAAUAGCAGCAGUAGCAGCAGCAGCAGCAGCAGGUAUAGACACGAAGACAACGGCAGUAGCAGGAGAGAUAAACAUAAAGAUAGCAGCAGCAGCAGCAGGAGAGACAGACAUGAUGAUAGCAGCAGCAACAGGAGGGACAGGCGUGGAGACAGCAGCAGCAGCAGCAGCAGCAGCUGCAGAGGGUAUGGGGUUCCUUAUGGGGACGAAGUAAAGGGAGAGAGGCAGCAGCACCAACAGGAAGCAAGACAUCGCCGCAGCCGCAGCAGAAGCAGCAGCAACAAGAGGAGGAGGAGGAGCCGCAGCAGGAGCAGAUAA